UUGAGGCCCUACCUCUACAUUUUCUUUUCUUUCCAUCUACCUCCUCUUGUCAGGAAACCUUCCUAUCAAUCAAUAGGAAGUCGUUCAAACGUGACUUGAACAUGAAGAAUUCAAUCCCAUCCGAUGUGUGGGAGAGGAAGAAGGCCCUGAUUGCCAAAUUGUACAAGGAUGAAGAAUGGCCUCUGAAGCAGGUCAUCAAGCAAAUCCGUUCUGAUGAUUUCAAUCCUAGUGAAACCCAGUUGCGGAGCAGACUGAAGAAGUGGCGGGUCACCAAACCCUCUCGCCAAACCCGCAAGAAGUCCGACGACAGCCAACAGGAAGCCACUGGGGAUGACAGUAGCCAAGAAGACGCAUCCCCGAAGGACCAGGCUUCCACGGUCUCCCCUAAAGCACGCCCCCCUCUUCGCUCAGUCGCAUCAGACCUUUCCAUCAGCGAACCGGAAUGGUACAUGGCCAAUGAUGCCUAUACCCGCCAGGAUGGCAUGCCUACUACAGUGUCCUUUGAUGGGCAACAUAUCUCGAACGUGUGGGCUCCCAUGAUGGCACAACAAUCCCCACUCAGCCCGUCGCAUAAGCAGCGGGAUCCUUCCCAUGCCUCUUCCGUGAUGGUUCUUCCUAGCUCCAACUCGUAUGACUCACCACACACGUCGCCCUUGAUGGACAGCAUGUUGAUCAACUCGGCAUCAAGUUUGGCAUCGCCAUUCCAUGAUCAUUCCUAUGCCGUCACCACGGACUGCAUGCAAACACCCGCGACGACAGCCGGGCCGAUCCAGUGGUCUAUUCCCCAGUGGUACUCAAUGCCUCUCGAGGCUGGCAGCCCUUUCUAUACUUCGGCACCACUGAGUCCUCCUAUCGACCCCGCAAUGCAUUUGAUGUCUCCCCAUGCCCAGACACCGCCGCCUUCCAGCAUUGGGCGGCAGCAGAUGGCUGAUCUUCACGAGGGAACAUGGAAACGCGCCAUGUCUGCUCCAUAUGGCCAGGAUGCCGCUGGCGGCCAUCCGAGAUUGGAACAGAAGGGGCCACAACCCCGGCCGCUCGAGAGAAAGGCCUCACUCCAGCCAAAGUCGGCCGGCCAACCUGCCAUGGGGUUGGUGUCUCCGCCGUCCUUCUAUCCGCAUGGGCAACACCCUGCCAUGUGUGCGCCCAUGUACCCUUAUCCUGGACCUGAGCCCCUUGUGCACAGACCCCAGAGCAUCGACUUUUAAGCAUGGCACGGAGCAUUUAGCCUUCUUUCUUGUGACACUACUAAUUUCUCAUGUUGGACUUCGAUUCGCAUUGAUCGAUCCAACCAUCUUCCGCUUUUUUUUGUGUUGAUUCAUGCUUCCCACUUGUACUAUUUCCUCUGAUA